GCAUCCCUGCUUGCUUGAGCGCCGUAUCCUUGCCACCGGGCUGGAACAAUCAUAACAACAAAACAACUAAACUUAUUGUUGCUUACAGUUUAUGUAAUAUUUUUUCGUUACAUUACAGAUUUUUGAAAAUAAUUAUGAAUUACAUUCGCCUGGUGCGUUUCAAUCGAUGGAUGCUUCAGUGCCGUUCGAUCUGUGCUAGAAGAUGUCUUUCAUCAUCUAACGACGGUAACAAAAAUCUUCCGCCAAUGUUUGAUUUAGAGGAUAAAUCACUUCCAAUUCCAAUAUACAAAGCAAAACAAAACGAACCAUUGAAACUGCAAAAGUCGAGGUUGCUGUACCAAUCACGCAAACGUGGAAUGCUCGAGAAUGGCUUACUAUUAAGUACUUUUGCAGCCAAACAUCUGGAGUCAAUGAAUGCUCAGCAAACGAAACUUUAUGACAGUCUUAUAAAUUUACCCUCUAACGAUUGGGACAUUUUUUAUUGGGCUACUGGCGUGAAACCGACCCCAUCGGAAUAUGACAACGAGAUAAUGGAUUUACUUAAAGAACACGUAAAGAACGAUAACCGGGAGCAAAGAUUUCACCAGCCCAAUCUGUAUUAGGAGUAUUAUAUCAAACCGAAACUGUAACAGAUGAUUGCAAAUCAUAAAUUUAAUCAAAUGUGAUAUAAAAUAAUAAAAUCGUGUUAUUGCUUAAAAAAUCGUA